AUGUCGAACUUGAUCCCGUCUCAAAUAAUGCCAGCCAACGACUCGAUUCACGACUUGGACGCCUACAAAUCCUUCGUUCCAGUCUUCAAUUUUACAACAUUCCAAGCCUUCCUACCGUUCCUAUACAUUUGUCCAACAAUUGUUGUAAUGCUGACCAUCCUAGUAAAAUACAAAAAAGCAAAAGCAGCCCUCAAUUCUGCUACAAUGGACAAUAACAUUUUCGCUUGCAUAAUGUUUUAUUUCACAUUUAAUAUGCUAUUUUAUUUUGGCGAUUAUUUUCAUCUGAAUCUCCCAACUGCUGGAUUCGUCACAUCGUGGUGUGCUGGAGUCCAACCAAAUCGGGGGUUCACUUUCCUUCUGAUGUAUGCCUACUACAGUAACUUCGGAGUCAUAAUCUGUCCGUUUCUGGUCUGUCUCAUGAGAUUGACCAUUAUGAUGUCACCCAGACAAAACGAAAGGUACUGCAAAUUGAUCAUGUAUCGAUUUGCCAUCCCAUUCCUUUUCCUUGUUCCACUUGCCUUGGUUGCAGUCAAUAUAACCACCACUGGUUACUGUAAACAGCUGAAUCAUCCAUUCUCAUUUGGAUCCAUAAUUAUUUACGAAGGAGAAGAUUACGCCAGACUCAACACUAUCAUCCAUUUCUCCUUCUCUAGCUUCAUAUUUUCUUCAAACACAACAAUGACAGUAUUCAUGUUAUAUAAACUUCGAAUGACCCAAACAAGUUCAACAUCAGCACGAACCAAAGAACUGAAACGGAGGGCAGAGUUCUCACUUUUUCUGGCAGUUGUUUCAAGUGUUGCUCCUUUCAUAACCAAUUCAAUUUGCUCGAUAUCAUUUCUUUUUGAUCGUACGGCAUGGGAUUAUGUUUUAUUCGUUCGUCCAAUUGGAAAUGACUUUGAAACGACUAUGAUGCCAUGGGUGCUUUUUCUGACUCAUCCAAUGUUCCGAUCGAAAAAGAAGACCUCGCCAGUCAAUAAGGCUUCGGUGUUUGUUACCAGUACCAAUACAAGCAGUACUAGAAACGCUACCGCAGUGACAAGUUGA